UUUUUAAACUGACACGUCAUCACAAAAUGAACACUACAUGUCACCUAGUUGACUUGCAAAACAAGUAAACUUCAUUGAAGGUUUGUUAUGAUAAAAAUGUCACUUUCAGUUUAAAGUACUAGUCAAAAACGUUCAAUGCUUAAAAUGCGAGAAUGUGACACUCUCAAAUAAUUUUCCAUUCGUUUAUGUGGACACCAUGUUUUGUCAUGUUUAAUUUGUCCACUUGAUUUUCAAAAAAAAAGAAAAGUUACUGGAGCUAGAUUCUUUUAAAUAAUAAUGUAAUUAAAUUGUAAAAUUUUAUUAAAUUUCAGUUAGUUUGAUUUUAAAUUUGGGUUUGGUUUGGAAAUGAAAAAUAAUUAUUGUAAAACUGAAAAAGCUAUGGAUAGGAAUGGAUUUCCGUGUGGUCUCAGUGUCUACCACACAAAGUGAAUCUGAUGGAAGAUGGUUAGAGUUGAUUGCCGAAAUGGUGGCCACUCAAUUAAACUGGUUCAAACGUCCCCAUGUGGAGCUUAACAUAUUCAAACCAAAUACAUGUAUAUAUAUGGUGGUUAAGAAGAAUGGAUGUCGAGAAACAAGUACAUAUAUAAUAGGAGAAUCUUACACAAAUAAGGUUUCUGGAGGAUAAGAAGAAAUGGAGCUGUUUUUGUUUCUGGUAACAAUUUGUUUGAGUUUGGCUUUCUCCGGGAAAUGCAGUGAUGAUUAUAGCAGGAACGAUUUCCCGGAGGGGUUCGUCUUCGGAUCCGCAAUUUCGGCUUUUCAGGUUUGCAAUUUCAAAGGUCGUUUCCCUACACUCCCUAUUAUCGGAAAAAUGGUUGUGAUGAUGAGUACUCUCAAAGUGGGAAGGAGCUAUUGCUGAAGACGGAAGAAUGCCUAGUAUAGUGGAUACAUUCGCUCACGCUGGUAAUGGAUCUAACGGAGAUAUAGCUUGUGAUGGGUAUCACAAAUAUAAGGUGUAGGAGGACGUAAGGCUGAUGUAUGACAUGGGUUUAGAUGCACUACGACUCUCCAUCUCGUGGUCGCGGCUUAUAUCAAGUGGAAGAGGUCCUGUGAAUUCAAAGGGUUUGCGUUUCUAUAAAAAUCUCAUACAAGAGCUCAAAACACAUGGAAUUGAACCGCAUGUUACAUUGCAUCACAAUGAUCUCCCUCAGGCUCUUGAGGAUGAAUACGGAGGAUGGAUCGACCGCAAAAUCAUUGGUGACUUCACGGCUUUUUCAGCCGUUUGCUUCAAAGAGUUUGGGAAUGCAGUGAAAUUCUGGUCAACAAUUAAUGAGCCCAAUAUAGUAGCAUGGGUAGGUUAUGACUUGGGAUCAGGCCCUCCUAGCCAUUGUUCUCCUCCAUUUGGGAUGGUCAACUGCUCCAAAGGAAACUCCUCCACUGAGCCAUAUAUUGCACUCCAUAACAUGUUGCUUGCACAUGCAUCUACCGCGAGAUUGUAUAAGCAAAAGUAUAAGCACAAGCAGAAUGGAUUUGUAGGUAUAACCUGUUUUGCAUUCUGGAUGGUUCCUUUUACUAGUUCUGAAGAGGACGAGAUGGCAACUCAGAGAGCCAAAGAUUUCUUACUAGGCUGGGUUUUGCAUCCGCUUGUGUUUGGGGACUAUCCUAAUGUCAUGAGGAGAAUCGUGGGCAAGAGAUUGCCAAAUUUUUCGAAAGAAGAAUCAUAUCUCGUUAAAGACUCAUCCGACUUCUUGGGACUCAUACACUACACAACAACGUACACAGCAGACUUAUCCAGUCCACGCCAAGGAGAUUAUGCUUCAGACAUGCAUGCAUCAAUAAUCCCCUUUGGGAAUUCUUCACUGGUCAAUGUCGAUUUGCUUCCAUGGGGUCUUGAAGGAUUGUUGGAAUACAUAAAGCAAAACUAUGCCAAUCCUCCUAUCUACAUUCUUGAAAACGGUAGACCUACCAACCACCAAUCAUCGCUUAACGAUGUGGGAAGAAUUGAAUACCUUCAUUCGUACAUCGCUGCUGUGCUUAAUUCAGUAAGGAAUGGGUCAGAGACAAGAGGCUACUUCCAAUGGUCCUUCAUGGAUUUGUUCGAGCUCAUGGAGCCCAAUUAUACAUAUGGAUUAUACUAUGUAAAUUUCAGCGAUCCGGAACGUAAAAGAUCUCCUAAAACCUCUGCUCUUUGGUAUUUUUGUUUUCUCAAUGGUAUGACCAAUUGUUCACAAGAGCUCUCGGCAUCUUCUUCUCCUGGUCUUUUUUCUGCUCAGUGAAACAGAAUUGACCGUGUAAUUUUAUAUUGUGUGUUUCAUUCGUUGGCAUUUUGCCUUGUAGUUUAAGUAUUCUUUGUGUUAAUCAUUUGCGUUUUUUAAUAUUAUAGGUUCAUAUACUUCUUA